UUCAAUGCCAUCCUCACUUCAUAUUAAAUAAACAUCUCCAUUUCACUUCUAUAUAAGUAUAAUAACACACUCGUUGCCACCAAAAUCAUGGUCCAAGAGAAGAAGCUCGUGGAAGAAGUGUCCGGUUGGUUGAGACUCUACGAUGAUGGUUCAGUGGACCGGACAUGGACCGGUCCAUCAGAAGUCAAAUUCAUGGUUGAAUCAGUUCCUCCCCAUGAAGAAUUUAUCAAUGGAGUUGUCACUCGUGAUGUAAUCAUGAGUGACAAGCUCCGUGUCCGGCUUUACCUACCAGAAAUAAUCUCCAAUGAGGAGAAACUCCCUAUUUUCCUACACUUUCACGGUGGUGGGUUUUGCAUAAGUGAACCGGAUUGGUUUAUGUAUUACCAAUUUUACACCCGGUUGGCUCAAUUGGCUCGAGUCAUUGUUGUCUCCCCCUUCCUUCGUCGUGCCCCCGAAAAUCGUCUCCCAGCUGCCAUUGAUGAUGGCUUCUCUGCACUCAUCUGGCUACAAUCUGUAGUUAAAAGAAAUGCAGAGGAGCCAUGGCUUGAAAAGUACGGUGAUUUUAACCGUGUUUUUCUAAUUGGAGAUAGCUCUGGUGCAAAUAUUGUGCAUGAGGUGGCUACUCGAGCUGGAAGGACUCGGUUAGACCCGCUUCGUCUCAUCGGAGGAAUCCCAAUUCAUCCGGGAUUCUCUCGGCCAAAACGGAGCAGGUCAGAGCUAGAGAAGCCAGAAUCUCCAUUUUUGACUUUGGACAUGGUGGACAAGUUCAUGAACUUGGCAUUGCCAUUGGGUUCUAACAAAGACCACCCAAUUUCAUGCCCCAUGGGCGACAGUGCUCCGCCACUUAGUGGGCUGAAACUACCGCCAUUUCUACUGUGUUUGGCGGAGAUGGACUUGAUCUUUGACACAGAGAUGGAGUACUAUGAAGCGAUGCGGAAGGCCAACAAGGAAGUGGAGUUGUUUGUUAGCAAAGGAGUGACUCAUAGCUUUUAUCUCAACAAAAUUGCCGUGGAUAUGGACCCAAACACUGGUGCUCAAAGGGAUGCUCUUAUUGCCAGGAUCAAAGAGUUCAUUGAGCAGCACUAAAUUAAUCAUUAUGUGUUCAUUUUCUCUUUUCUUUUUGGAAAAGAAGAAGAAAACAUGGAGUGUACGUGCAAAGGACAAUUUGUGCUCUUAGCGAGUUAGUUGAUGAAUGAAAUAAUUAAUAAUUAAUAUGUUGUUUGUGUGAACACUUUGGCGAAAAUAUAAUGUACUUUAUAAUUUCAGUUAGCUAGGCUCUGCGUGCGAUGUUCAAUGUGCUGUUGCAUGGAAAUAGCCAUUUAUUUUAUAAACUUUUAGUUCUUCACGUAACUUUGUUUGUGCCAUUAAGAUAUUUUCCUUGCAAGAAACGCAUUUUGCGUGUUUGAUUCCUCAUGAUAUUAUUGUUAAAACAACUGUUUAGUUGAA